AUGGGCUGUGCCUCCGCCAAGCAUGUUUCUACUGUUCAAAACGAAGAGGAAACUCAGAAGGGGAAAAACUAUCAGAACGGAGAUGUGUUUGGUGAUGAGUAUAGGAUCAAACCAGUGGAAGAGGUCAAAUACAUGAAAAAUGGGGGAGAAGAUGAUCAGAAAAUAGCAGCCAGGAACCAAGAAAACUUGGAAAAAAGUGCCAGUUCAAAUGCAAGACUUAAAUCUAAUAAAGAGAUCCCAGGAUUAGUACAUCAACCCAGAGCAAACAUGCACAUCUCUGAAAGCCAACAAGAAUUCUUCAGAAUGCUUGAUGAAAAAAUUGAAAAGGGUCGCGAUUAUUGUUCAGAAGAGGAGGAUGUCACAUAG